UUGGUCCUUGUAGGAGAUCAUUGCCAGCUGGGCCCUGUAGUGGUGUGCAAGAAAGCUGCAAAGGCUGGACUGUCUCAGUCAUUGUUUGAGAGGCUUGUGGUCCUGGGAAUCCGUCCAAUUCGCUUGCAAGUGCAAUAUCGAAUGCAUCCGGCACUUAGUGCUUUUCCUUCAAACAUUUUUUAUGAAGGGUCCCUUCAGAAUGGUGUUGCUGCUGCGGAUCGUGUGAAAAGGGGAUUUGAUUUUCAGUGGCCCCAGCCUGAUAAACCAAUGUUCUUCUAUGUGACCCAGGGGCAAGAAGAAAUUGCCAGCUCAGGCACCUCUUAUUUGAAUAGGAUGGAAGCAGCAAAUGUGAAGAAGAUAACUACAAAACUAUUAAAAGCUGGUGCCAAACCAGAUCAAAUUGGUAUUAUUACUCCAUAUGAAGGUCAGCGAUCCUACCUCGUGCAGUAUAUGCAAUUUAGUGGUUCUUUGCCUACAAAGCUUUAUCAGGAAGUGGAAAUAGCAAGCGUUAAUGCAUUCCAGGGUCGAGAAAAGGAUUUUAUCAUUCUUUCCUGUGUAAGAGCAAAUGAACACCAAGGAAUUGGGUUUUUAAAUGAUCCCAGGCGUCUCAAUGUGGCACUCACAAGAGCAAGGUAUGGAGUCAUUAUCAUUGGCAACCCGAAGGCUCUGUCCAAAAAGUCACUCUGGAAUCACCUGUUGAACUACUAUAAAGAACAAAAAGUACUGGUCGAGGGACCCCUGAACAACCUUCGCGAGAGUCUAAUGCAGUUUAGCAAACCCCGUAAACUCGUCAAUGCCAUCAACCCAGGAGCUCGGUUCAUGACUACUACCAUGUAUGAUGCUAGAGAAGCUAUUAUUCCAGGAUCUGUAUAUGAUCAUAGUGGCCCAGGCCGAUCAUCAAACAUGUAUUUUCAAACUCAUGAUCAAGUUGGAAUGAUAAAUUCUGGACCCAGUCAUAUCACUGCUCUGAAUAUUCCUAUACCUUUUAAUCUUGUGAUGCCACCUAUGCCUCCUCCAGGAUAUUUUGGACAAACUAAUGGGACAGCUCUAGGUCGAGGUCCAUCUAAAGGAAAAUCUGGUCGUGGGGUACGCCCAAAAACUCAAUUUGGGAUUCCUGGAACUAGUCAGUCUAUCCUUUCAAAUAGUCAGUCAAGUCAGGAUGUGGUGUCCCAGCCAUUCUCCCAGGGUUUAAUGACUCAGGGUUAUAUUUCCAUGAGUCAGCCUUCACAGAUGAGCCAGCCAGGCCUCUCUCAGCCUGAAUUGUCACAGGAUAGUUACCUUGGUGAUGAGUUUAAAUCACAGAUUGAUGUAGCUCUCUCCCAGGACUCUACAUAUCAGGGUGAACGUGCAUAUCAGCAUGGAGUGACAGGCCUGUCACAGUAUUAAUAUGU